UGGUUUACUCCCCAAGUGGCCACAACGGCUAGGGCUGGGCCAGGCCAAAGCCAGGAGCCAGGAGCUUUCCUUUGGGUCUCCCAUGUGGGUGCAGGGACCCAAACACUUGGACCAUCUUUCACUGUUCUUCCAGGUGCAUUACUAGGGAGCUGGAUCAGAAGUGGAGCAGCCAGGAAUUGAUCAGGUGCCCAUAUGGGAUGCUGGCACUGCAGACGGCGGCUUAACCUGCUUUAAACCAUUAAUUACUAUGAAGCUUAAUCAACUAUAUGAGCACACAGAAUAAGUGCACAGACUUAAGCUCCUGUUUCGAACUUUUUUGAAAGAUGUUGGUGUUUUCUUUCUAUUAUCCAGUUCAAGCUUUACUAAUAAACAAAUAUUGCAUUUAGGUAGUUGAUAGUUAUCAUCAAAAUGUGUCUGUAAAGGACUGGCAAACUCAGAUAACAGGGAAAUCAGAUCUAAAUGAUAAGAAAUAUUGGUUAUGCUUUUCUUCUGCAACUCUCUUUGAGAAGCAAAAAUCUAUUUUUCUUUGCUCCAUUUUUUAAAAAUUAUUUAUUUAUUUAUAAUAAAGACAGACAAUGAACCAUCCACCAGUUCACUCUGUAAAUGGCUGCAACACCAGGUCUGGGCCAAGCUGAAGCGAGGACCCAGAAACUCAAUCAUGACCACUCACAGGGGUGGCAGGGGCCCAAGUACUUGGGUCAUCUUCCACUGCUUGCUCAGGCACAUUCCAGGGAGCUGGAUGGGAAGUGAAGCAGCCAGACUCCGGCCUCUGCCACCACACCGGCCCUCUUUGCUUCUCCAUUUUCUAACAAGCACAUACAUGUUCAUGCCUGUGUGGGGUAUCAGGUACCUAACACUCAAUCUGGGAGCAGGACUAUCAACUGGUGGAAAAUAUGGUAAGCACUUCCAGCAUUAACAGAACUUUUAUAACUGGGAUUCAUUCCACAGCGGCCUUGUUUAGAGAUACCAACAUUUGUUCCGGAUCACAAAUGACUCAGUAACUAAACCUGGAGCCUAUAAACCUAGUCUCUUCUGAUAGAUUCAGACCCUAGACCCUACAGAGCUCUUACUUAUGCAAAGCUGACCAGGUCACCCAUAGCACAAAGUUCUUUUCCCAGGCUCAAGUGUCUCCCCUUUCUGGGAGAGGGAGAUGGGACUGAGUGGUGUUUUUUUGUUUGUUUGUUUUUUGACAGGCAGAGUGGACAGUGAGAGAGAGAGAGAGAGACAGAGAGAAAGGUCUUCCUUUGCCGUUGGUUCACCCUCCAAUGGCAGCGGCGGCUGUUGCACCGUGCUGAUCUGAUGGCAGGAGCCAGGUACUUAUCCUGGUCUCCCUUGGGGUACAGGUCCCAAGCACUUGGGCCAUCCUCCACUGCACUCCCUGGCCACAGCAGAGAACUGGCCUGGAAGAGGGGCAAGCGGGACAGAAUCCGGCGCCCCAACUGGGACUAGAACCUGGUGUGCCGGCGCCGCAGGCGGAGGAUUAGCCUAUUGAGCCGGCAGAGUGGUAUUCUAAUAGUGACGGCUGUUUAUUGAUUCUCUCUUUCCCAGUAUCAGACCAGCAUGAAGCAUUGAUUCAUGAAAUCAUUACACGUUCCUUAUUAGGUGUGUAUCAUCUUCAAUGUACAGACGAGAAAACCAAGACUUGGAUCGGUUGCAUCCACUUGCCCAGGCUCACUCCACGUAGGGAUCCUCAUGAGGCCAGGGUUCCAGAUCACCACGCAACACGCAGCGUGCCGCGGUAGGGCGAGAACUACAAUUCCCGUGGGCCUGUGCAGCAGUAUCGCGAGACUUCCCUUAAAUAGGGUGGCGGGAACGCUGCGGCUGCGGCUGUGGGGGCGGUUGAGACGCUGGGCGGCUGAAGCCAUGGCUGACGGCUACAGUCCCAACAGCGAGCCUACGACGCGCACGCUGCUACGGCGCGUGUUGGAUACAGCGGACUCGCGCUCCCCGCGGCGACCCCGGAGUAUUCGAGCUGGGACCCAGAGAACCCUGCUUGAAACGCCUUCACCCAGGAGGCGGAGCAGCCAAAGAAAGUCGACUGCCAGACGACACUCCCAUGGGACCAGGUCUGUCAGCCGACUGGCCCACACCCAGGCCAGUAGACACCUGGACGAACAGACACCCCGGACUCUGCUGAAGAACAUCCUACUUACAGCCCCAGAAUCUUCUGUCCUUGUGCCAAAGUCAGUGGUGAAGCCCGCACCAGCGCCGCCGGUGGUCCAGCCCCCUAGACGGGAAAGCAGUCGGGGCAGCCUGGAGCUGCAACUUCCUGAACUUGAGCCCACCACGAGCCUGGCGCCAGGCCUGUUGGCCCGUGGCAGGAGGAAGCAGAGGCUGAGGCUGUCAGUGUUUCAGCAAGAAGUGGACCAAGGGCUGCCUCUCUCCCAAGAGCCUCCUGAGACUGCCGGCGCCUCCUCCCUCACCAGCUCUCUCAACCUGACCUUUGCCACCCCUGUUCAGCCACAGUCUGUGAAGAGGCCUGGUUUGGCCCGUAGACCCCCCACCCGCCGAGCUGUGGACGUGGGUGUCCUUUUGCAAGAUCUGCGAGAUACUUCUUUGGCUCCUUCAGGUAAUAGCCUCAGAACCCCUGUGGCUACUGUGCCAACGGACACUGUGUUGGAGGACACCCAGCCCUUCUCCCAGCCCUUGGUUGGCCGUUCCCCUAGUGUGCAUCACUCCCUGCCCCAUCCCUCUCACAAUGAGACUGAAGAUACAGAGAAGGCUGUGGACCACUGGACACAGAGCAGUCAGCCUGGGCUGCAAAAUGACAAGGUGACAGAAUCAAUGGGAUCCCAGGGCGCCGUGGAGGCUGAGGAGUCGGAUGUAUCUUCAGGAGAUGAGGACCCCUCUGGCAGGGCAGCAAGUCCAGCAAUGGCCUCCAGGACCCCCAGCUUUCUCCAGGCUGAACAGCCGCCUCCAUUCCUUGAGCCAACCCCGCGGCCUGGUGCUGCAGUUGUGUCUUCAGAGCCUGUGUUGGCCAGGCGUCCCCCCAGGCCCCGAGCUGCUGGCCCCAGGCCCCGUCAGGAUCCACAUAAGACUGGACUGAACCACUAUGCAAAACUCUUUAGCUUCUAUGCUAAGAUGCCCAUGGAGAAGGCAGCUCUUGAGGUGGUGGAGAAAUGUCUAGACAAGUAUUUCCAGCAUCUCUGCAAUGACCUGGAGGUAUUUGCUGCCCAUGCUGGCCGCAAGACUGUGAGGCCGGAGGAUCUGGAACUGCUGAUGCGGCGGCAGGGCCUGGUCACUGACCAAGUCUCACUGCACGUCCUUGUGGAGCGGCAUCUGCCCCUGGAAUACCGGCAGCUGCUCAUCCCCUGUGCAUUCAGUGGCAAUUCCGUCUUCCCUGCCCAGUAGUGGCCAGGCCACAACACUUGCCCUGUCUGCAUCUGGGGUCCCUUGGCCUGUAUACUCUUCCAGGUCUCCUCCUUGCCUCCUAACAUCAAUAAAGUAAAGUAUCAUGGAA